CAGAUUCAUUAAAGAAAAUGAGAGCCAAGGUAAGCAUUUUAAAAAUUUAUUUUGAUGUGUACUUUCUCGUAUGAACGAGUGGCAUGGCAAAUUGUAAAAUGCUAAGCAUGGUCUAUUUUUUAUUAUCUAUUUCGCCACACAUACAUGUUUUAUGUUAAAGUAUACAUACUUAUAUGUUACCAAAUAUUUAAAUCCCGAUUUUAGCAAUUCAUAGUUAUUGCUAAAAGUUAACGUGACUUCAAAAAUCAAAACCACUGUCUGGUACUAACUGUGCUAGUAACUGCUAGACUACUAAAGGUACACUGUUAUUACUGUCCAUCAAGGUUUUGUUAUGCUAGGUAAUGAAUUAAUGUAUCUUGUGCAUACUUUGUCGGUUCCUUUUGGCUACCUGGCAUCAUUAUAUAUGGACAAGUCAAGUCUUUUUUUUUGUGUGGUAAUUCUAGGUCUACUAUUAACUAUUGGCAUGCCUUUUCUUUCAUUUUAAAGGCGUAUGCAUUUUGGUAAAUUUUAAGGACAACUGCCACAAUUUUAUCUAAUUUCACGAAUGUAUCCCUAAAUCAAUCCCUAUGCCUAACCUGAACCCUACAUCAAUCCCUCAACCUAACCUAAACCCUAAUUCACUGCAACUAUAGUAAACACAGUGGCAGCCGUCCUUAAUAUUAGCCUGCAUUUUUAAUAUGUAAAUGCUAUCUCUACUGCUUAGCAGCCUACUGCUUAUUUAAUGGAUUUCCGUAACCUCUGUUUUUUCUUUUUACAGUGGAGAAAGAAGCGUAUGCGAAGGUUGAAGCGAAAGCGAAGAAAGAUGAGGGCGAGGUAAGCUAAUUUUAUUUUAUUUAUUGCCCUCAGUGCCUUGGUUUGAAUACAUUUGUUAGCUCUACCCUGCGCUUGGAUAUGUUAAUUUCAAUGUCAGAUAAUUCAAUACUUAUGUGGCCCAGGCAUGCUGUUUUCUUUCACUUAUUUUUAAUGGAUGCAAGACCUGCAAAUCUUGCUUGGUCGAAUUCAAGCAGUUAAUAAUUGUUUUUAACCCCAUAACUUUUGUCCCACUGUGGACUAGUGUAAUUUUUAAGUCUGUGUCCCUAGGAUAAAACAAGUUUAGACUUUAUUUGUAUUUAAUACUUACACCCCACCCCCUUGUUUGGGACGAGAACACCUAGUCUGUAAUUUUUCAGAAACCAGCAACAUUAAAAAAAAUAGGCAACACUGAAUAACAUUACAUAAUGUCAUUAGUAUUAGUCCACUUUCUGCACAUACUUGUAAGAUUGUGUGAAUGGUGGGCUGUUUAUUUUUGUUAUAUUACAUGCUUUAUGGUAGCAUUUGAAUCAUGUCAUGUGUGUAGUGACCUGGGACUUUGGAAGUGAUGUACAGUUGCAUCAUUUUAUGUAGCUACCAUGCCAGUCCCAUUUGUCCCUAAAUUUGCAAAUCUGCUUAAAAGGUUUAACUUAUCAGGACUAAAAUGUGACCUUUAUGUUCAUGCACAUUGUUGGCUUUUACUUUUGAUAUUUAUAGAAUUGAUUUUUUUUCUCUAGAUGUGGGUCUACACAUAUCUUUGGCUUACAGUCAAUCCUAUUGAAUAGAUUUGUUUUUUCUUUAUGUGUAGCAUUUUUACCUAUCACUUGCUGUGAACCCAUUUUAGAUCUGUGUACUAUAUCAGGACUGCGCAACAUUAGGGGAUGCAUGUGUUGCUGUCCCGCAGGGUAGCGAAACAUUGUUUGCUUCAUUUUUAAUAGCUAUAUUUUCUCCCCCUAUUUUCUUUCAGUUUUUCAUGCAGUGUGUCCCGCCUUCUAUUUUAAGUUGUGCUGGCCUGUUUUAUAGGAAUGUGCCUCAUUAAAAAUAUGUAGCUUUAAUUUCAUGGCUGCUAAUGUUCUUUUUCUCACUAUUCACAGAUCCAAGUAAACCUGUCUUUGUCGUCUUUGUGUGUCGAGUUCUGCAUCAGAAGUCAGCCUAAACAGAAGCACACCCGAUUGCCUUCAAGGAUGUCUCUGAAGCCGUGUACUAAUCAAUUUGAUGAAGUGGUUCCUAAGAUGCUGUCUUUCGGCUGUUUAAUGCUUCAUCUUUUUAUGUUUGCAUGGAAAGACUGGUUCAGGCUUACUUCUGAAACAACCUCAUAUUUUAAUAAAAGUGGCUUUCACAGAAUUUUUAUUCCUGUUAUCAUUUUGCAGUGA